AUGAAUAGUUAGUAUAAUUUUGAUUUUUUUUUAUUAAGAUAAAUAUUGAAAUAAUUUCGAUUAAAUGUUUUUGUUAUUAGCAAAAACUUGAGUUAGCUAUUUUACUAAAUCCUUAAUUGUUUGUGUGAAUGAAAAUGAUUUUGAAGUUUUGCAGUACAUGUAGUUGAGUAAUAGUAUUUAAUAUUGUAAUGUGUAAUUGUAUUUUUCAUAGUAUUAUUGUAAGAACUGUCCGCUUUAACUUCAUUAUUGUGUUUGGAUUGUAAUUUCGUAUCUUUUCCUGCCAAGUGAACUUUGUCGGUACUUACGCCCAUAGUCCUCCUUUGGUGUAGUUUAAAUUUCCGACGCUAGGGUUUAAGACCAGCUAGGUGAACUUGGUUACAUGUACAUUGUACAGUACAUUGUUCUUAUCAGUGCUCACAGUACACAAUCUUGUACACAAGUCUUCAAAAUGUCCGAUUGAGAGAGUGUUGAAAUACAUUAAUAAUUUUAUGCAUUUUUCAGGGACAAUGUUUCAUUUCACCACAGACUAUAUCAUGCCGAACGGUAUACGACCUUUAAAAGUUGCAACUCCGGAACUUCAUUUAGUCAAUCUUCCAUCCUUUGUCCCUUCUUGUUUUCCCUCCAUUAUUCCCUCCAACCUUCCCGCCGUUCCUGCCUCCAACUUUCCCUCCAGCUCGGCCUCCAUUUCAACCAGUUCUACUAGUCCUCAGAUGACUUCUACAGCCUCCAGUUCUGCUUCUGAUGCUCCUCUUGAUAACAAUGGAGAUGAGAGAAAAAUAUUUAUCGGAGGUUUGAGCUGGGAGACCAAGGAGCCUCAGAUUCAAGAAUACUUCGCACAAUUUGGUGAGAUAGAGUCUGUGAACCUGAAGGUAGAUCCUGUAACAGGUCGGAGUAGAUGCUUUGCUUUCCUCGUCUUUAAACAUUCAACCUCAAUCGAAAAGGUUAUUGACGGUAGAGAACAUGCCCUCAGUAGUAAGAAAAUAGACGUAAAAAAAGCCAAGGCUAAGCCUGGUAAGAUAUUUGUCGGUGGUUUGCCACCUGAUUUAGAAGAGGAAACUAUCAGGACAUUUUUUACACAGUUCGGUCCGGUCACAGAGUGUGAGAUGCCGUUCGAUAAGGAAAAGAACCAGAGGAAAAACUUCUGUUUUGUUACAUUUGAACGUGAAGAAGUAAUGAAGGUCGUCUUGAAAACACCAAAACAGAAAAUAGGAGAGGUAGAGGUUGACGUAAAACGAGCCACUCCCCGUCCCAAAGGAUCCGGUUACGGCAGUGCCGAUUAUUACGGCGGAAUGGAUCAAUACUACGGUUACGGUGAUUUCCAGAGUUGGUACGGAGGCGGUAAGGCAACCAAGGAUAAAUCCGCUAAAAUCACUCCUUACUAGAUACAACUCCAAUUAUUAUGAGUCAACUGAUCUAGGAUAUUAGGUCUAAUCUAAUAAGAGAGUUCACAAUAUGAAGUAGAUCGGUGCCCAUAAGAGAAAUUAACAGUCCUGUAUUUUAACCUCCUAACAUUAUAAUUCAGAUAAAUCGGCGUCCACCUUUGUUUGUAAAAUGGUUAAUUACGAAUCCAAGGGGACCGUUUAUAACUCUACUUCUUAAUCUGAAUAAUUGUUCGUUAAGAAUUAGCUAAAUAUGAAAUUUAUAAUAUGUUAAAAAAUUUACAAUAUUAUCAGAAAUUUACAGGAUAUUAAGAAAUUUACAAUA